AUGUCAUGUCAUGACUACAUAUAAAGAUAAUAAAAAUUCAACCCCAAAUUUAAUAGUUCCAGUUUUGGAAAACCCACAACCUCUCAAAUAGUUUUCUUCUCCCUAAUUUUUCUUUCACCGAUGUUACCCUAAGACAUAAAUAUCAUCGUACAACCAAGAAACAAAAUGAAUUCCACUACAUCAAUAGUUUCCUUGCCGGAGGAUUGUGUUUCUGCAAUAUUAUCACAUACAUCACCACAAGAUGCAUGUAGAUUUUUAUUGGUUUCCAACACUUUUGUCAAAGUUGCAGAUUCUGACUUGGUUUGGAAGACCUUUUUACCCUCUGAUUACGAGGACAUUGUCUCAAGAGCUGUGAAUCAAUUCUCUUUCAAAUUCAUCUCUUCAUACAAGCAACUCUUUCGUUCAUUUUGUCGUCCCCUUCUUCUUGACGGUGGCAAUAAGAGUUUCAAAUUGGAGAAAUUUUCGGGUAAAAAAUGUUAUAUGUUAUCAGCAAGGGAGUUGUCAAUAGCGUGGAGCAUCGACCCAAUGUUCUGGAGUUGGAAAUCAUCCCCUCAAUCAAGGUUCCCAGAGGUGGCAGAACUGAGAACAGUGAACUGGUUAGAAAUAGAAGGCAGAAUUAGAACGAAGAUUCUAACGCCAAACACAUCAUAUGCAGCAUAUCUCGUAAUGAAAAGUUCUCAUAGAGCGUACGGACUUGACUCUACUCCUACAGAAGUUUCAAUUGUGAUAGGAAACAAAGUGAACAGAGGGAAAGCAUAUUUGUGCAUUAAAGAUGAGAACAAACGCAAUAUGGAGACACUGUUUUACGGGAACAGAAGAAACAGAGUGAUUCAAGAACAAGAAGAUGGAGGUAAUAUUCAAGUACCAUCUAAGAGAGAAGAUGGGUGGAUGGAGAUUGAGAUUGGGGAAUUUUUCAGUGGUGAAGGUGACGAGGAGAUUAAAAUGAGUCUCAUGGAAAUUGGUCAUCAGUUGAAGGGAGGACUUGUUCUUGAAGGCAUUGAAGUGAGGCCCAAACAUACAUAAUGUUGAGUGUGUAUAGUUUAGAGAGGAAAAUAACCAUAUUGCAUAUUCUUAAUUUGAUCCUUGAUGCAUACAUUAUUUUUACAGUUUUUCUAACAUUAGUACGUAUAUUGUAAACCAGUACACGAUAGCCACCAUGAUCUGUUGGUAGAGUUGCCAAGCCCAUUUUGACUUUACUUUCUUCUAAAAAAACGAGUUUGACUCUUUA